AACACACUCCUUUCCAUUGACAUCAGUCAGUCGCCUCUCGGGCAGUCGAUCCGGGUUUCUUCCGCCGCCCUUCCUUUCCGACCGAGUACCGAUCCUGCAGGAACGAAGCCCGACUUCAUCUCAUCCAUUAUCCGAAAACUGCCUCAUUCGCGCUCAACUUUCACCUUGAUGUCCUAGUCGACCCCACUUGCACUUGCACCAUCGCUGUCAUCAUGCAACUCUCCAACCUCACCACUUUCGCUCUCGCCUUCUUCUCCGACACUGGCAACUGGAUGGUCAACUCUGCUCAGACACGUCUUCAGUCCCUUCAGCAGAGCUUCAGUGCCUCUUCUAUCUCCGAUAACACCACCACCACCGCAACCAUGCCCUUCACCCUCCCCCAGCUGGGCUACAGCUACGACGCUCUCGAGCCACACUUCGACAAGGAAACCAUGGAGAUCCACUACUCUAAACACCACCAAACCUACGUCAACAACCUGAACAACCUCCUCAAAGACCACGAGCUUGCCACCGCCGACGUCAACGACAUCGUCACCAAACUCGACCAAGUGCCCGCGGAGAAGAAGACCGGCGUCCGCAACAAUGCCGGCGGCCACUCCAACCACUCCUUCUUCUGGAAGAACCUCAAGCUUAACACCACUCUCGACGGCGAGCUGGAGGAGGCCAUCAAGAAGGACUUUGGCAGCGUCGAGGACUUCAAGUCGCAAUUCGAGAAGGCCGCGACCACGGUUUUCGGCUCGGGAUGGGCGUGGUUGGUGGAUCAGCAGGGUACUCUCAAGAUUGUCACCACUGCCAACCAGGAUAGUCCGUUGAUGGGUGAGGCCGUCUCCGGUGCCAAGGGCUACCCGAUCGUCGCGCUGGACGUCUGGGAGCAUGCGUACUAUCUCAAGUACCAGAACCGGAGGCCCGAUUACAUCAAGGCUUUCUGGAGUGUUGUGAACUGGGACUUUGCCAAGCAGAGGUUUGCGGAGAGGAAGUGAUCCAGAGUCGCCGGUGGAAGGAUGUGCUUGUCGUCU